GUCAAAGUGUAAACGCAGUUAACAACAGGCUACAGAUGUAGUCAAACGGAAGCCGAAGUCUUAUUCGAGAAUUGACAACAUUUUGUUUUAUUUCUAGACGCGAUGGGAUCACUACUGAACAGCAGCAUUUUUAUUCUCCUGGCGUUCUUUCAAGCUCUUGUUUCGGUGGGAGCAGAAGGAAAUGGACGACUCCUGCACAGGCAGAAGAGAAACUGGAUCGCACCACCCCGAAAGCUAAUUGAGAACCAUGAUUACACCGGCCUUAAUUGCGUUGCUAGAAUUCGCUCUGAUAAGGAGGAGUAUGCAAAGAUGCUCUACUAUAUAACAGGGCCUGGUGCUGACCAGGACCCUGUUGGUAGAUUUCGUAUUAACCAUAACACUGGCUGUUUGAGAGUCUAUUCCAUUCUGGAUCGAGAGGAGAUUGCCUUCUAUCGUUUAAGAGGUGUGGCAAGAUACACCAAUGGGACCCAGGCUGAAAAAUACAUUGACCUUAAUAUCACUGUCGAGGAUGAGAAUGACAACGCGCCAGUCAUUAAACUACAGCAAGUUGGAUAUGUCAAUGAAUCUAGUCGAUCAGGUGUUGUUAUCAUGAAAAUAAUAGCUACUGAUGCUGAUGAUGAGAGAACAGAGAACGCCCAGCUCUCAUAUAGCAUUGUUGAGCAGGCUAACACAGCUGGGUUGUUCUGGAUGAACUCUCGAACUGGAGAGCUCAUGGUUCAAAGUACCUCACUGGAUCGGGAGAAACAAGAUACAUAUAAGUUAAUGAUUAAAGUCUGUGAUUUAAAUGGACGCCCAGGAGGACUAACGUCAACUGGAGAAGUCGAGAUCCAAAUUCUAGACAUAAAUGACAACAUUCCAACGCUGGAAAAAGAAACAUAUGAAGGGCAUAUUGAAGAGAACACUGUCGGUGUGGAAGUUAUGAGGAUAAAAGCCAUUGAUAUGGACCUAAUUCACACAGACAACUGGCUGGCUGUUUUCCAAAUCGUUUCAGGGAAUGAGGGAGGUUAUUUCGAUAUCACUACGGAUGCAAAAACCAAUGAGGGAAUUAUCAUGGUCCGGAAGGCUCUUGACUAUGAGGAACUAAAGGUGAUGAACUUGCGUGUCAUGGUUUCCAACAAAGCAGCGUAUAAUUUUGGCAGUAGUCAGUCUGCGACAGGGGCAACAGGUAUCAAAACCUACCCAGUCACAAUUAAUGUGGUCAAUCAGAAGGAGGGACCUCGUUUCCAACCAAGCGUAAAAGUGGUGACUGUCUCAGAGGAGCUCACAUCCACCUCCCUCAGCAAAGUCAUAACUAAUUACGCUGCUAUUGACACUGACACACAAAAGAUUGCCACCAACGUGAGGUAUGCCAAACUCCGUGACAUUGACAACUGGUUGAUUAUCGAUGAAAAGACAGCAGAUAUCAGGCUGAGUAAACUCCCGGACCGAGAGUCCGUGCACUUGAUCAAUGGAACAUAUUACGCAGAAAUUAUAUGCAUCAGCAAUGAUCUGCCCUCAAAAACUGCUACGGGGACCAUAGCUAUUCAGGUGGAGGACUUCAAUGAUCACUGCCCAAGACUGACCUCUAAAACUCAGACCAUGUGCUUUCAGGAUAGUGUGAUCUAUGUCACUGCUGUAGAUGAAGACCGCUUCCCCAAUUCAUCACCAUUUGAAUUUACUGUGGUUGAAGAGGGCACCUCAGGGAAGUGGAGAGUGGAGCAUUUUAAUGAAACUACAGUCAUUCUGCGAGAAGAAAACUAUUUGUGGCCUGGGGUCCACAAAGUCACACUGAAGAUCACAGACCAGCAGGGAAAGUCAUGUGCUGAUGCUCAGAUAAUAGAUUUGACUGUAUGUACCUGCAAUAAAAACACCAAAUCCUGUGUGUCACACUCUACGUCGACUGCAACUUUUGGAGCUGCGGGUAUUCUGCUGAUGUUGCUGGGACUGCUGCUGCUGCUUUUGGUGCCUCUCCUGUUGCUCUUCUGCCUGUGUGGGAGUACAGCGGCUAUCGGCGAUUUCAAGUCUAUUCCAUACGACACAAAGCAACAGCUGAUCUCAUAUCACACCGAGGGACAGGGAGAAGACAAUGAGGUUCCUCUUAUGCAUGUCCCAGUGGAGGUUGAUGGUGGUGCAGCGACUAAGAAUAUCAACAUGUUUGAGGGACAGGGAUACCUUGGAGGGCUGGCUGAGUUAGGAGGAGCAGCAGGUGGAAGAGGGCCCUAUAAAGGCAGUGCUAUAUACACAUCCAAUAUGACAGCUGACAACGUGAACCUGUACAACCAGUACAAAUACUCCAGUGGACAGAAUAUGGACUUCCUGAAUACAGGAACGAUGCCCAGACAAGAUAUGAAUUUCUCUCAAUACAGAGGUGGGGCAUGGGAUGGCAUUGCUCUAUCUGAGGAAUUUCUAUGGGACUACUAUGUAAGAAAAUCCGAUCAUGCUGCACAGCAACCUCAGGUGAAGGACAAUAUGCUGAUCUACAACUAUGAGGGUCAAGAGUCGCUGGCAGGUUCUGUAGGCUGCUGCAGCCUUCUUGAAAAUGAUGAUGAUCUUGCAUUCCUUAAUGACCUCGGGCCUAAAUUCAAAACCCUAGCUGAGAUUUGCCAGGGAUCAACCAUGGUCACUGAAUCUGUAGAUGUGGCAGUUUCUUCCACUCCAGUCAGACCCGUCUCUCCUUUGAGGCCUUCCACCUCAACACACACCCAUGUCCGUAGUCACACAGAAACCAUCAGGGACAGGGAUCGCGUUAAUAUUAACACCCUAAAUACCUCCAAUGUAUCAUCCGGAUCUUCUACCAUUAUCCAAGAGGAACGUAUUACUGGGAGAGCACAGAGUUCAGCAACUCUUCCCAAUGUACACGUCCAGGACAACAUAGUGAUUCCCAGUCAGACACUGCUCAUACAGCAACCUGCUAUGUACUAUGCUGCUACGCCCAUGUAUGUAGUCGAGUCCAAGCCCCAAGUAAUGCUUGUGGCAGGAGGCACGCAGCAGGCAGUGGGUUCAGUAGGCCAAGCUGGGCUAAGUCAUGGGCUGGUGCAAGUCAGUGGCCUCCAAAGAUCCCAGGGUGUGGUACUUGUCGAUAGACAGGGGGGAGUAGGUGAAGCAACAGGCCAGGCAGCACAAGGACUUUCACAAGGAACCAUGUCAAGGUCUAGACAACUAUUAGUGGUGGAGAAUGGAUCCUCAGGAGGAGAGCAAGGUGUGCAUUUAGCGCAAGGCUUUGUGCAGACUGGACAAAGGUCUGCAGAGCAGGGCUUUCAAGUCCGAAGUGUGCCAGUGAAAGCUCAGGGUUUUUCAGUGGGUUCGCACAGUUCUCUAGGGUCAAACGAGGAAGCUAAGCUGACAGUCACACCUAAGUCACAUGGGACCAAGAGAGUGGUUGUGCAACAGAAAAAGGUCUUGGUGACAGAAAAAAAUUUGGAGUCUACUUCAAGAGCUUAGAGCAACCGUUUUCUGUAGCCUCGCUACAAAUAUUACUCUUGUUUUGACAUGUAAUGAUAUACUGACUGGACUGGAAUGUACUACAGUACACCAACAUGCUGUAUUUCUAUUAAUGCAGAUUAUUAAUUGUGGUAUAAACUGGAGUUUGGUCUGCUUGACCCAAAGUCUUAUACUGUAGGUUCUCAUCCACCGACCUGAGAAGUUAGUGUGUAAUACAGACUGUAAGGUGCAAUUAGCCAUCAGAGGCUGGAUUUUCAAACUGACACUAGUCAAAAUUCAGUUCUGUCAACAGCAGGGGAAUACAAUACAAUAUUAAUGUUGACUAUAGAGAGGAAAGAAAGUGUAAAAUUUUACACGGUCUUACGUGACUUCUGUUAUUAGAACCCAGCCGAGGGAAAAAACAAAACAUUGAGUUCACUUAACAGACCUAUAUGUGCUAUAUUGUUUUUAGGUACAAAACUAAUAUGGCUUCGGGGCAGUAAAACAACUAGUCCUAAACCAGUUUUACUUAAACUUUGUGUCCUUUAAAAAGAGAAAGUAAAGUAAAAACAUGUCUACACCCUUAUCUUGGGCAGCAAUAGCUUCCAGCCUGCCAAGCUGCUGUACGAACGGGAACUGCUGCACUGUUUUUGAGUGAUCCCCAAAGGCUACGGUACUGAAUAAAUCAACAGCCAGAAAUCACAUGCAUGAACUUGAUAUUCAAUUAAAGCGCAACAGAUAGGUCUAAACAGAUACAUCCACACUCCAGGAAAAACACAACGUGAGCGCUAUACAUCUUAGUAAGACUUUUUGCAAUGAAAAUUCCCACACAGGAUUAUUUUCUGCUUAGCGAUAAUUUUUUAAUAUAUAAUGUGCAUAUAUAAUUAGUCUUCAAAAGAACAUAGUUUUUGGCAGAGGUAGAGGCUGUAGAUUUAUCAUUUAUCUUUAAAGGCUUUACUGCACAGACUGAUGUAUUAUUUUAGAGUGUUGUGAUUUUUAAGGUGCUUAAUUUGUACAUUGGUAUAUUUGUUUAGCCAUGACUAAAGUUGUAGUCAUGCUAACUGUUAGAUUGUUCACCUACUUCAUAAUGUGUUCAGAAGCUGUACAGAAACUAGAUAAAUACUGAGUGUGCUCAAAUAACACAUCUUCUAUUUGAACUGUUGCACUAUUUUUAUAUUUUUCCUGAAAGUAUGCAUUUUAUAUAUAUAUGUAUAUAUGUAUGUAUAUAUAUAUAUAUAUAUGUAAGUAUUAAUUCCAUGAGAUUUAAGUGCCAAAGCUGAAGAAAUGUAUUCUGUGCGAUCAUUAUCAGAUUGAUUUUGUGUGUGUGUGUGUGGCUGUGUGUGUGUGUAAUGGGAUGGGAUGAGCUUGCCAGUUUAAUGCUGCUGUUCUUGCUACUGACCUGUAUUUUUAAGCCUGCUUUAUAAAAUGCUGUAAGAAUAUAGCAGUGCUGGGUUAAGCCACGGGGAUAAUUAAGAUGUUUGUAUUUUAAGGGGUUUUUCAACUUGUAUCACAAUAAACUCAAACAGAAAAGAA